GAGCACAGGCUAAAACACACCCACUGCUCUCUGGAUGUGAAUUUGCUCAGCGUGUUCUGUGAAGUAACUCCAAAAAGGCCUGAAUCUGUGACGACGAUCUGCUGUGACCUCCACUGCUUGCAAAUAAGAAAAGAUGCAAAGCAUGGAAGAAAUGGAUGAAGCAGAAAAGUACCAACGAAGGCUGAGAGUCAUCACGGAGAGGCUUCAGCAGCAGGAGGAAGAGGAGAAGCUGAGGAGGGAGACAGAGGAAGAGUGGUUGAAAAAGGCCCAGACAAAGAGGAAGUACUUGAGGGACCAGUGGCUUAGUGAAUCUACCCGACCUCCUGUCCUCCUUCCACUUGACAGCUUUUGGACCGGUCCCCUGCCGCAGGAGGAAGAGGACACGCAGGCAGCCGCAGAACAGGAAAACAGUCAAAAGACGCCCGAGGACGAGAAAGAAGAGACAGCUGAUGCCAGAAAAAAGGAACAAGCUUCCCAAGAAGAAAGGAAAGAGUUGGUCAGCUGUGUAGCAACAGCCAGAACACACAACUCCUAUCAGGCCACAACUGACGAGGACGCACGAGUUCUCUUUACAGUGACUACAAAGGCUGAGGAGCACAUCCAGACACAAAUGGAAAAACAGAUGUUUCUUGAAGGUGGGCAGGACGGCCGAUCAGUCCUGGGAAUGGUAGCAGUGCAGGUCGAGAGAGAUCCAAAGACGGGGGCGACUGUCGUCAGGUCGGUGGCCCCCGUGUCCACACCAGGUGGCACUGAGAGGGCUCACACGGUCUUUGAUGAUGGCAGAAUGAGUAUCCACACCGUCGGAGGCCCAGAUGGUCAACCCUCAAACGAAGAGCUUGGCCAGAUCUUGAACGUCAUUGACGGCGUCGGGAUGAAAGCACUGCUGGAUGAAGUCACAGUCGUGCCGAGCAAGGCGGAGAUGAAGACUGAGAUCGUAGAAGCGAGCCGAACGCCAGGGGAAAAGCUCUCUCUUUCUGGCCAUCAUGCAGUGACAGAAGAGAUUAUGCAGCUCGACAGCUCCAGAAGCUACGUCGUAGAGGCUGAGCUGAGCACAGAUGACAGUGUUGCAACUGUGGGGAACCAGAAAGAUAAAAAAGAUGACAGGAAUGUCUCAGCAGUGACGGUAGAUGACAUUGAGGAUCAAAAGUUAGAGGACGGCCCAGUCACUCUUUUGUUCUUGGGAUACACUGACGCCACAGUUGACCAGGGAAACAGCCAAGACGGGGAUGAGGGCAUGAUCACUGUGGAGCGAGUCAUGAUCACCGAUGAUGGAGAAGAGUACGUCUUAGGAGAUGAGACAUCUGCUCCAGCUCCACCGACUGUAAGCAAGGAAGCAGAGCAGGAGGCAGAGAAAGAGUCCAAGGACGAAGUAUUUCAGGAAGUUCCUCUGGACGGAAAUGGAGCGCAAGUUAAAGUCCAGGAUGAUAAAUGUGAUCAGGAAAAAUCACCGAAAUCCUCUUCACCAGACAAAGCUGAAGAACAAGGAAAGGGCCCAACAAAGCGUAAGACCUGCCAGUGCUGCUCCGUCAUGUAAGACACUGACUCACUCACCAGACCUCAACACAACAUUAAGUUGUGCCUUCUGAAACACAACAUAUGCUGCACUACAUUAGAGUACACACACUUCAUGGUGUGGUCUCACAAUGGUUUUGGCCCAGAGUGCUGACCACUUCACUUUGGCAAAAGAAAAGACUGUUUUUAUGUUGUGCAUCUCUGCAGCAGCUGGAGACUGUCAGCAGCUCUGAGGCACUGUUAAAAACCACUUCUUCCCCCUAGUGGACAACACAGAGAACUUCACCAUGCAGUCCUACAAGACAUGCAGUACAUUUCACUGCAAGGGAUCCUCUGUUUCUGUGCCUCUGGACAAACACUGUAUACAAGGGGUCUCAAACCCAAAUGACCUGAGAGCCAACGAGGGGAUAGUCUGGUCAGGAGAAGAAGUGUUCAACUAUGUGGGAAAAGAGCUUAAAAUCAAGGUAGUAAAAGUGGUUGGUAUGAUAUGGAACAAUACAGUUGACAAUAAAAAGACAGGGAUGAUGCAAAAUUAAUUAAAAAAGUAAGUAAAAUAUAACAUGGACAACUGUAAUAAAAACACUAAACAAGCUCAUAUAGAUAACUUUACGUUAAAUGUAAUCAAUUAAAAACAUUUAUAUAUACAACCUAAUGUAUAUUUAUUAAUAAAAUGUUGCUCACCAUUUCUGACUAGAGCUAACAACCAUAUUUAGUACUAUAUUCUGUCUAUAAUCUAGCUACGGGUAGAGGAGGUCAUGGGCCAUUUACCAUUAUAACUUAAUAUGAAAUGACGGGCCACACUAAAUUGAUUGAGGAGCUGCGAGUUUGAGACCUCCGUUAUCAGCCAAAAAAAACUCAAUGUGUUUUUUUCUUUCCUGUGCACAGAAAAGCAGAAAAGUGCACAACAGCAGCAAAAGAAUUAGAUUUUUUACACUGUGGCAUGAAUGUUUCUAACAAUAAUCUGUUUCACGGAGAUUUAAUGUUUAAUUUUUUUUUUUUAAUGACUCCACACGACUGUUGGUGCUAUUUUAAAGUCAUAAGGAGGAGUUUGUAUUCAACUAUGUGCCUGAAGUUUAACACGUUAAUGUUGUCGGAUGUAUUUUUGUGUCAAAUUCAUUAAACUAAUUGUUGAACAUUG